UUUGUGAGUGAUCGAUUUUGCACCGGCCUCCCGAAACUCACGACACGGGCAUUUUCUUUGUUUGCCCGGACGCUUGUGUUGUGAAUAAAAAGCUAAACAGUAGCCGCGGUAGUUGUGAUAAAAUGGCGAACACGUUUCGCGCCGUGACGGUCUCAGCCGUCAACAAUGACGGCGCCUUGACGCCGCGUUUCAAUUUUCCGACAAACGUAAACGUGGAUUACGAUCCUCAGGGGUUGAGUGUUAAAGUGAUCCGUGCGGACCCGGUGCUGGCGCAGGAGGUCCUGGAGUUCCCUGUGCACAGCCAGAGCGAGUGCUCGCGCGUGGCGGCCCAGAGUUACAUCUUCACGAUAGACAAUGAAACGCUGUUCUUCAAGUUCGCAUCGGACGUCGAUUGCCAGAAUUUCCACCUGCUGGUCAGCAAAAUCAAAGCUGGCCGCUCCUCGUCAGUGUUCACAGUGCGGACGGAGGACUCCUCGGCGCUCCAGUAUUUCCAGUUUUAUGGUUACUUGAGUCAGCAACAAAACAUGAUGCAGGAUUAUGUACGAACGAGUACAUAUCAGCGCGCCAUUUUAUCGAAUAUCAACGACUUUAAGAAUAAAGUGGUGUUGGACGUUGGAGCGGGUUCAGGUAUUUUGUCGUUCUUUGCCGCGCAGGCUGGUGCUCGUAAGGUGUACGCGGUGGAAGCCAGCAACAUGGCGCACCACGCGCAGGCUCUAGUUCGCGCGAACGCGUUGCACGACCGGAUCACGGUCGUAGCCGGAAAGAUUGAGGAGAUAGAGCUUCCUGAAACUGUAGAUGUGAUAAUCUCUGAGCCCAUGGGCUAUAUGCUGUAUAAUGAACGUAUGUUAGAAACCUACUUGCAUGCCAAGAAGUGGCUCAAACCCAAUGGCAACAUGUACCCCACUAGAGGCGACUUACACAUAGCUCCGUUCACUGACGAUGCUCUCUUCAUGGAACAGUACAAUAAGGCUAACUUCUGGUACCAGACAUGCUUCCACGGAGUAGAUUUAAGUGCCCUCCGAACUGCAGCAAUGAAGGAGUACUUUAGACAGCCUAUUGUUGACACUUUUGACGUCCGUAUUUGCAUGGCGAGAUCGGUGAGACAUGUAGUUGACUUUCUUAAUGCAAAUGAGACAGAUCUGCACCGCAUCGAGGUACCGUUCCGGUUUGAAUUGACGCAAUCAGGCACAUGCCACGGACUCGCCUUCUGGUUUGAUGUCUUGUUUGCCGGCAGCACACAGCCAAUCUGGCUAUCCACAGCACCAACAGAGCCUCUUACACAUUGGUAUCAAGUCCGCUGUCUACUUGAAACUCCGAUUUUCGCAAAACAAGGCCAAGCUUUAACUGGACGAGUGUUGUUAUUAGCGAAUAAGCGACAGAGCUACGAUGUUACGAUGGAAAUAAAUCUAGAAGGUACAAAUAUCACAUCCUGCAAUACAUUAGACUUGAAGAACCCCUACUUCAGGUAUACGGGUGCUCCGGCGGCGCCUCCACCGGGCGUGAACACCACAUCACCGAGUGAAGCAUACUGGAGCACCAUGGACACGAGCACGCUCAGCAACGGGCAGCAGGUGCUGCUCGAGACGCCCGCGUUCGGCGCGGCGCCCGACCUGACCUAUCCCCAGCACCCGAACAUGAUUAAGACAGUGAUGCUGCAGGAGGAGUUCAUCAAGAGGAUCGGGAUCAGUCAGAACGGAGAUAUAUAAUCCGCGCGGACGCGCCGGGCGCGCCUGCGGGCCCUGAGGCGGCGUCGGUUGUGAUCUGGACGCUCUAGUGUGUAAGCGGACUUAUUUAUUUCGAAGACAUCACAGUGCGGCCGAGUUGACCUGGAGCUGGUCUUUGUGGGUUUGGUUCUGGAAGACUAUGUUGUUUUCCGCCUUCUAAUCUAAGAUAUUGUCUUAGUUGUACAGUCUUAUUUGACAAAUGAGAAGAAUUGCCUAUGCUAAGAUUUUGGCCCUGUUUGGAUCUAAUACUUGCCUAUGGUAUGCCGUAUGGCCAAUGUAAAGUAAAUCAAAUUUCAUGACUUGAGAAUAGCAUGCUCUUAACUAACCAUUGAUAUAAGGUUUAUAUCUAAAUCUUAGGAUAAGUUACAUUCUUGAUCAAUUAAAUUACUCUUAAAUAUGAAAAAACUUUUAUUAGAUUUUGACACAGAUUAUAAUGUCUUUUCAACCUUUAGACAUAUUUCACCAUGUUUACAGGGCAUGCUGAGAAGCUAUACUAUGGGAGUAACCACAAAACCACCAAUAAAACUGGCUGAUGAGAAAGCCACAAUAAUUCUUGAUUUUGGAUGUAUCCCAUAGAAAGAUUACCUAACAAAACUUGUCACGAUCUCUAAUCUAGCCUAAAGGUUGAAAAAAUAUACUGUAGGCAAAACUCAACUUAGUCUUUCAAAUUAUCAAGUAUUCUAGACACUGUUAAAUUUUGAACAGUAACAGUUUGUAAAUACAAUGUCUGAGGGCCUCUAGCGAACCAUGUUUGACAUGUUGCCUCUUUGUCGCACUUGAAGAUUUGUAUAUAAGUGUGACUGGGAGGCAAAAUGUUGAAUGUGGUUCUUGGUAGGCUCUCUGGGCCCGUUUCAGGGCGAAAGGCAGCUCCAGCCUAGAUAAGUACAUUUAUUAGUGUUUCGAGUCAAACCUGAGCCUUGAAGACUUGUGGAAUACUUUUAGAGUUGGGAGUUUACAGAAUUUGUACCAUUUCUUAUUACUGGUUGACAAAUAUUGUUAUUUCUACUCAGAAUAAUGAGGAGUUUAGAAAAUACCCAGUAUUUCAUCUAUAAGCCACUGUUGUGAUGCUGGGAAUAAAUAUCAAUCUAAGUUGGCAGUGAUUUAGCCAGCCCUGGCAAUGUGUUAUACUUCCAUGAUGUUUAAUCAAGCCUUGCACAGUCAGCGCCAUCAAAAUCGCUGUCAACUUAAUGUGGUAUAACUACAACUACACUAAAAUUCACGAAUUGCGGGGCAUAUUCUGUCAGUAAUAUCGAAUAUAUUCCCUCUUGUUUGAUAUGGACUUAAAUCUUAAAACUUAUUACUAUGAAUAUAAAUUCUCCUUCCUAUUGCUAAAUAACUAGUAAAUUUAUGCUCUUGAAAAAAGUAAAAAUUUUCCAGGCAAAUCAAGUCUGCAGGUGUGACUGGCAACACUGAAGCUAGUGUAGUAAGCUAAUAGUGUAAAGCUUCACUAUCAAUACUCAUAGCUCAUUGACGGAGGUUUUGGAGAACAUUGAUAUUUUAACAAUCACUUUGUGGAAGAACAAGACUUUUUUUACAGUAUUUUCUGUUGAAACAGACGAGAUGCUCUGUGUAAUCACUCGCUAAAGAGACCUGCUUGAUAGGAAUGAGACCUUUAAGUUGAUAAUUGCACCUAUGGGGAAACAUGAACAAUUUCAAAUGAUCUACCAAACAUGGUAUAAUGUAGUGGUGUCUUUAUAAAAUAUUUUUGAAGCACCUUUGAAAUGAAAUUAGUUAAAAAAUAUGAUGUAUAUGUAAGUAUUAAAAAUAUUUUUGGGUCACUCACACAUAGAUGGAAAAAAUAUGUGAGUGACCCAUCAAGAUAUUUUUAAUAUUUACAUGUACACCAUACAGUAUAUGUAUGUUAUUUUCUUUUUGAUACUGACUGUACUGUGUUACACUUAAUCAUCUAACUGAUGGAAGUGUGCAAGUGUCUCCCAAAUGUAGUGAACUAGCCAAAUUACUCAAAAAUAUCUAAAUACGCUUAUGAAGGUGUUACAGUGCGUGUUUAGAUACUUUUGAGCGCAUCUCCAGCUCUGAUAUAAAAUAUGUUUUACCAAUAGUUGCAAUUGCUAACUGAAAAAAAAAUUAGUGUUCCAUAACAAAAGUUCCUUAAUGAUAUGGUCAAAAGGACCUUUUUGCUAUGGAAAAGCUCAAUUCUGUUUCUCAUGUGCAAUUUACGAAUAUAAAUAAUCAUUUAAUAAAUCACUGCCAUUAUGUGCUAAUAAAAAAAUAAUCAGCUGAUUCAGGAAGCAAAAUCCAAUUAUGUGACAGAUCCGACUUGAUUUUUGUAUGACUUCAUUAAAAAUUAUGACAGAA